UUCGGUUGUUGUAAAUAAAUUUCGGAUCGGAGCAGCAUUUUAUAUAUCCAUGAAUUCAUUCAGUUUUAGGUUCCACAUUCAUAAGCCAAUCGAAGUUAAUUAAUUUUCCAAGAGAGCCUUUCUUUUUUUUUUUUUUUUUUUCUCCCUACUGAAUCGAGUAUUAAUACUACUGGAGCCCAUUCAAUAUAAUUAUGGCUAAUCUGGAAGAAAUUGCACUGAGCAGACCAGAAUGGAGUACUAUAGAAACUUCUUUUACCCAACACCCCAAAAUCAAAGCAAGAAAUUCAAAGAGGAAAAUGCUUCCAUUGAAGCCAUAUUUGCCAAUGUGGAAUAAGAUAUUUGCAUUGGUAUGUGUGGUUGCUGUCUCACUGGACCCUUUGUUCAUUUAUAUUCCUAUCAUCAAUGAGGAUAAUAAGUGUAUUACCACGGACAAGAAAUUGGGGAUAACUGCUGUUGUUUUAAGAUUAUUCACGGAUUUAAUUUAUAUUGGAGAUAUUAUCUAUAUUGUUGCUAAAUCUUCUCAAGAGUUGAAAAGACUAGGGAUAUGGAAAAUAGACAAGUUUAAGAAUGCUUUGGCAAUAUUGAAGCUUUCCUGGCUUCAUAUCCUCGUUGACAUUUUGGCUAUUCUUCCAAUUCCACAGGUAAUAAUGUUAAGUUCAUUUACGAAAAUGAAGGACUUGGGAUCUUUAAAUAAAAGGCAGUUUCUGAACCUAGUUCUUCUGUCCCAAUAUGUUCCAAGGGUUUUUCGAAUCUAUUUAUCAUCUAAGGAAGUUGCAAAGAUUCAGGACAUACUCACAGCAACUGUAUGGAUUAAUGGUGCUUUCAAUUUUUUUCUCUACAUUCUUGCAAGUCAUGUAUUUGGAGCCUUUUGGUAUUUUUUCUCUGUUCAACGAGAAACAGCAUGCUGGUUCCAAGCCAGUAAGGGAAAACCGGGUUAUGAUGCGAAUACAGUUUGUGAUGGUAAAAAGGCACCACCACCAGAAUAUACGACAUUUUUAGAAAAUAAAUGUCUCAUUAAGUAUAAUCCUGAAAUUACAAUAGACCCACCCUUCGAUUUUGGGAUAUUUCUGGAUGCCCUUCAGUCUGGUUUGCUGGGUUCAUACGACUUUCCACGGAAGUUGACUUAUUGUUUUUGGUGGGGACUGAGGAAUCUGAGUUCUGUUGGUCAAAACCUCAAAACAAGCACCUAUAUAUGGGAAACCCUGUUUGCAGUUUCUAUUUCUAUUGUUGGCUUACUACUCUUCUUGUAUCUCAUUGGAAACUUGCAGACUUAUUUACAAAUGGCUACUACAAGAUCAGAGGAGGUAAGAAGAAAGAUGAAACUGAAGGAACUAGAAGUUGAUUGGUGGAUAUCCAAAAAUGGGCUUCCUAAAGAAAUGAAGUCGACCAUCAUGCAGAACGUAAAAGACAGUUUAAAAGAAAACAAAGAUGUUGACGUCCAAAAUCUUCUCUCUGCACUCCCACGUGAAGAUAGGAGGGCUAUAAAGCGCCUUCUCUGCUCUGCUACGCUUAGGAAAGUUGAAAUGCUGAGAAAUGUGAAAGAGGAAGUGUUGGAGGUGAUAUGCGACCAUAUGAAACCAGUAAUAUACACAGAGAAUAGUUACAUUAUAAGAGAAGGAGACCCACUUGAUCAAAUGAUCCUCAUCACGCAAGGCACAGUUUGGGUGUACACAGGAAAUAGCUGUAGCCAUGGCAGAAGGUCAAAUGGCGGUACUAAUGCUAGUAGCAGUAAUACUACGAAACGUCUCAAGAAAGGUGAUAUAUAUGGAGAAGAACUUGUAAAGUGGUCGCUCACGCAUAACUCGCUUUCAGAUUUCCCAAUCUCCAACGAAAAUGUAAGAUCACAUACAAAAGUUGAAGGCUUUGCUCUCAAAGCCAACGACUUGAUGAAUGCCAUCUCUAACUACUGGUGGCUUUUCAGCCGGAAUCUCUGUGGUUUGAAAACCAGUAGCAGCAAUAACUCUCCAGCAAAGAGAUGGGAGAAUUUGGCAAUUUCUGCUGUAAAAUCAGUCCGACAAUGCAGACCUACUCGUGCAAAGAUAAUGUCUCUGCAGAUUGAAGACGACGAAAAAAGGUCGCAGACAUUGAACUACCGUCGUUUAACGCCAAAAGGUCGCUUGUAGCUCCUACUUGCAAUCGUAUGACUGUUAGCUAUAUAAAUGGAUAAGUUUCAUUAUGCAUAGAAAUUUCUGUGUGGAUAUUCGCACCAUAAAAAACCUAUGACAUAUGAAUGACAAGAGAGUUGUAGACCCCUGCCUAAGCCCAUUUGUCCAAGCUCAAAGGUUUCCACUUAAAUUAUAUGAUAGAUUCUCUUUGAUUUUUCUUCUCA